GUCGUUUUGAAAAAAUUCACUCAAUUAUUUGUUAUUCGUCGUCGAGAUGACACCUUUUUGGAUUUGCGCUUUACCGUUUUUUCUUUUACUUGAACCAAAUUUGUCUCAUGCUGCUUGGGAUUAUUUUUUCGAGCGUAUCGACAAUAAAAGAAAAUCAAGUACCGGUCAUGUCAUUUUUGAUGUUGAAGUCGAACGAAUUAAUCGCACCGAUUUUGCACUUACCGGAAAUGUAACAUUUCGAUCACCAUUUAAGCGAAUCGUGAACGCAUAUUUUCAUUCGUUGAGCUUCUUCGUAAAUCCAUCGGAGGAAAAUCAGAAUGAAAAAGUUCCCAUUCAUUUUCCACGAAUCACUUAUUGUGAAUUUUCGAGUAUUGGCCAUCGAAAAUAUCGCGUAAAGUCAUAUAAACCACCACUAUCUAACUAUUUCCACUCGGACGAUCCAAGUGAAGAUCUUUGUCACGGAUUUCAAGCUGAUAAUGAUUUGAAUUUCUACGUGUAUAAAUUUGUAAUUGAUAAAUCCGCCGAACCACCAUAUAUUGCGGAUGGUUUGUUCAAAGUUGAAACACUGUUUGAACUGGACGAUUCAACCACAGCUGGAAUAACAUUGGUUGUUCGAUUGGAAAAUGAGCGAGACUAUCGAAGAAGACGAAUUUAAUACAUUUUCAAACUAUGAAAAUUGUCUGGCACCUCUUACAUAUUGCAAAUGAAGAAAUUUGAAUAAAUAAAAGCAGUUGAUUUUGAA